UUUCUUUUUUCCGUUUCUCUCUUUUUCUGCCUGUUAUUUUUUUACCUUUGUAUCGCACAGCUUUCAAUUAAUUUCAAGGAACGAAUUUAAAAAGUGAGAAGGUAACGUCGGAAGAGUUAUUGUACUUGCCGACGAAGGAGUUACCAAGAGUUACCGAGAGCACGUCAACGUAUAGAUUGGAGGCUACCUGAAUCUACCACUCAUAAACGAUGCAUGAUCCGUUUCUUCUUCAUGUGGUUGGUUCUUGUACAUUUCGAGUAGGAGUUUCACUUUUGAACGAGUGCGCAUACAAUUCUUGAGUACCUGCUGGUAAUCGUUCUCGAACGAAGACGUACACAAAUAAGGUUGUAGCGUAUACUUUGAUAUUCAUCGGCUAGGAAAUUUUGUAACGCAUACAUACAUAUUCGGUCGCGUUGUCGACACAGUCGUGCUUUACCUAGAUUUUGAACGUAUAAAAGAUUGGUACAAACGAAUACUUUUUUUACUAUAUUUUGAAAUCACCCUUCGUUAUUACUUACGGAAUAAAAAAUAUCUUCGAAUUAAAAUUAACGAAUACCAUAUACGUAUCCAAAAAUGUUGCUUAAACGUAAGCAAUCCUUUAUAAAUUGGGAUUAGCGUUUGCCAAAACUGUUGCAUUUUUUACUAAAAAAGAGCGUCGUACAUACUUUCAAAUCGAAUGUAUUAUCUAUUCCCUUCGUUUGCUUCCUGAUCAUCCAGUGUUCUGUUCUCUUUUGACUCAUCGAUAUUGCGUUUGCGACGAAUACGAUCUUAAUUGUCGUCAGAAUUCGUUUCAGCUUCGACAGUAAACUCUAUUAUCUCGUAUAAUAGAAAUAUAAUUUUAUUUUCUUCAUUGUUCAUUGUUCUAGAUAACGGUUAUUUGUAUAUCGUACAUGUUUAGAACAUUUUGUAUAUGCAAAGUGUAGGUUAUGCAGAUCGUCUGCACAGUAAUGUAAUGAAUAGCUGUGGGAACUCUAAUAUUAGCACAAAGCUACGUGGAUCUAAGUGUUUGGAGGUACAGGAAGAAUCCGUUGGUAAUAGUCGAGCUACAGAAUUAGAUAAAGGAGAUGUCAAUGCAUUAAGUGGUUACAACACAAAUGAUUUUAAUGCUCCACGCGGCCCACUGGUCAUUUGUCAAAGGAAUUCAAACCAUUACUCGUCUGAUCACAGCUUUUCCAGGUUCAAGCCCAGAAUCAGUGGUGUCCCACGCAAUGAAUUUCGAAUGGCACGCGGUGGCAGUUCUGGAGAUCGUGCCAGAGGUGCGUUACGGGGUAGGGCCUUUAAGAAGGCACCAGUCGAGAGAGACUCGAAUCCGGAAACCAAUUAUUACCCUACGGCUAGACCAAAAUUUCAAGAAUCGCUGAAAAAUCAGGAAAAUUCACAGGGAAAGUAUUACGAUGACAAAAGAAUAAACGAAGACUCUAGAAUUUCCAAACUCUUGAGGAGAUUAUGCAGGGAAGAGGAUUACGAUCAUUUUAUCCUGUUGUGCAAGCAAUCGCAGGAAGGUGUAAUAGCAGCCGAAAAUCAGAGAUACAUACGUCGAAAUUUGGAAGUGAUUUGCGAAAGUCUAUUGGAUCUGUUGCACACCGGACCCGGACCCGAAGCAAAGCAGCAAAUCGCAAAGUGUCUAGGUCGUGUUGGAUACGCAGCCGAACAGGAUUUUAAACGAUACACGGAUUGGGUGUUUAACAAGUACUCGCUGGAACGGAAGGAGGACAUCAAAUACCUUUUGAUUAAAUCGUUCGUCGAAGUCUUCAAGUUGGAUGCAGAAGCACCGAGAUUGAAAGAAUUUUCAGUGCUGGUGAUGUCCCAAUUACAAACAACAUUGGAGAACGUCGACCGAUCGGACUUGCUAGUGGCAACGGUAGACGCGAUACUGUUGAUCAUGGAAUCGUAUCCUGAAACGUUCUCAAAUCAUUUUCGCGAUACCGUCGACAUACUUGUCGGUUGGCAUAUAGAUUCGACUCAGCAGAAAACGAUCGCGAGUUACGCCAGUCGUAGUUUGCAAAGAUUGCGAACCUUUUGGAUAGCCGAUCUACAGUUCACGUUGACGUUGUUGGGACAAUUUCUAGAGGACAUGGAAAGUUACGACGAGGAGUUGGCUUUACCAGAGCCUGGUAGGAAUUCGCCCGGCGACGAGACUUCUCCGACCCCGAGGGAGUGCAUCCUUCGUAUCACGUCUCUGAUCUCUGUGUUUAAUACGGUCACGAAGAGUAUAUCCGAACAUUUGAAUCCAAACGUCACACCGAACGUGCAAUGGUCGUUCUUGACCGACUGUUUGUCGAAAAUGCUGAAAACAGUGGUGAAAGCUAUCGAAUUGGACGACGAUACCGACAACUCGCUCUCAAGUUGCAUUUUGACGAUCGAAAAUGCUGACGAGUUAAUGAAACGCGUGAAAGCCGUAGGUGGAACCGUUCCGUCACCUCGUCGAAAUUUCAACAAAUCCGAAUCGGCCGAGGAGAACGUGCUCGAGAUGUUAAGAUCGUUGAAACUCGAUAAGAACGAGAUGAGAAGCUUGAAGCUGAGCAUCGAGAGAGAGAUAUGCUCGAAUGAGAAACGAGAAUCGCUGUUGAACUUUGUACGAUGGUUGCAAUCGAGAGCAGGAAAGGGAAAGGACAGCCUAGACCUGACCGAGGAGAAGGAGGAGUUGAUUGUAACCGCGAACGAGUGCGCUUUUCUGCUGUUGGGCCACCUUCAGAGUCGUACAACAAAAAAUCACGAGUUACUUUACAAGUUUAUCGAUCUUCAGCUGAAAAGAAUUCACGUGUUCUGGGACGAUACAAUAAUAUCCAUGUUGAAUACUAUUUCGAAAAUAAUCAAAGAAGUCUCGGCGAAUUUACCAUUGGAAUUGGUGCACAAAUUGCUCGGAAAAGACUCUGCGUUACUCAAAUUGAGAUUUCGCAAUUCUACGUCUAUUCAAAAUGCUAGUCUCCGCGUCUACCAUAGUUUGCUCAGUUUGAAAAAUAUUCCAUUGCUACAGGAAUCGUACCGGUACAUAUUGUCCGACUUGGAAAUCGCGUACAGGCUCGUGUUGGCAGACAUCGAAAGUCUGGUGCCCGACAAUCCAUUACUGAACGAGGUUAAUUAUAAGAAGAAGGACGCCGAAAUCGUGAUUACGUUCUUAUUACGGGCUCUGUCCGACAUAGCGAAUGCGAGUAAUUCGAUUAUCGGUAUGUGGGCAUUGAAACCAAGCAUUCUGGAACUAUUGGCUGUCAAAUUAAGACCUUACGACAGCAGCUUGUCGAUUACCAGUCCGUUUUUGCAAUAUAGUAUAUUGUAUUUGCUGUACGCUCAUUGUUCCAGGUACAAUCACUUUGUUCCGAGUUCCAGCUUAAUAACGGGAACCUCGGUUUGUCGUCCGAUCGACAUGUUUCCAGGUGCAUUGGACGUACCGACUACGUCUCCGACCAGUGGUCAUCUGUCCAUAAUUUUACAUUUAAUAGCUAAAAGUUUCAACGAGCAUACACCGGAUCAAACCCUGUUAUUAUUGUCGACGUGGAUGCAAGAAAUUUGUUUACAGUCGGAAAAUUAUAUCGGCAUAUUGAGUAAAACUACCGAGUACGACCGCGUUCUGGAAAGUCUCGUCGUUUGUGGAACCAGCAUCGAUCCCGACAUCUCCAUCGCUGUUUGCGAACUCUUUGAAAUGAUGAUGAGCGCCAAGAAUGUGACAUGGGGAGCGAACAUUUAUUCGUCUAUAGUGGAUUUGGCAACGUUACAUUUGUCAUCGCGCGAGCAGAUCCUACGGGACAAGUACGGUUCUUUGUUAACACGCGUGCCUCUAAAUAUCGUGGUGCCGAAGCUGAAUACGGAACGCUUGCUAUCGGAAACGAAGAAACACCAAGGAAUUAAAGAUUAUUCGAUGGAAUCGUUGAUUCUUGCCAAACGACUGCAUAUGCGCGGAAACAGUAACGGAGAGAUGCAAGCACAGCAUUUUAAGACUUACAUGUCGUUUUUGUUGCAAGAACAGCACUUGGACACGUCUGGACUAGCGGAAUUAUUCACGCUAUCUUGGCCAAUUAUAUCCGAUAGUGAAACAACCAGGAAAAUGUACCGGUUGGGGGUUGCGAAUCGAUCCUUUUUACACUUUUGGGCUGGCUUCGAGGCAGCACAGCAUUGCGUGAACAAUAAGCUUCGCACUUCAUUGGGAAAACCGCAAGAAACCUUCACCUCGAUCGAAAGUGCUCUGAAAACAUUGGCCCGCGAGGUAUCGUACAACGUCGAGACGACGCGAAGAGAAAAACAAAGUUUGGACGAUCUUCUUAGCGAACACAGUCGCGUCCGUCUUUUAAUCGAAUUCCUCGAGCACCUCGAAAGAGUGAUUCAUAACGCGGCAGAGGGAUGCGCGAUGGCUCUGCCACCAUUCUCAAAGCCUGUUCGAACCUUUUUCCAUACAAAUAAAUCCACUUGCAAGGAAUGGUUGAAUCGAAUACGUCUCGCAUUGUGCGUGGUUUCUCAACAUUCCGGAUUGGCUGGCAGCGCUCUGAGAAAUAGUGGACGAUUGCUGGAGGAUCUGAGCAACAGCGACAACACGCAUGGCAUCGAGUUCGAGAGGGCGACUCUGUGCACGGCGCAAGCAUUGGUUAUGCUGGGAGAGGCGGAAGCGUUGCAAGGACUUUACGUAUACACUAAAGAAAAGGAGAGAAAAUUUCCGUGGUUAAAAGCCGCGAUGGAAGAAGCUGCGGGUCACUACGAAUCCGCUGCCGAUGCUUAUAAGCUGAUCAUCGAGGAACAAAUGGCUGCCAGGGGGAAAGAUACCGAAUACGAGACGGAGCAAGAGGAAUACGGUGACGACGUUGGCGAUGGCAUCGAGAGCUUUGGCGUUGGUGUAAUCGGUAGCAUGAUCGGAGGCAAUGGAGGCGAAGAACUCAACUCCGUCGAGAGAGAGAGGAAUGUAAAGCCCGAGGGAGACAGUCAGCUACUCGGUUUCUGUAUGGAUCGGUUGUCCAAGUGUUACGAAGCGGUGAGCGAUUGGUCUCGACUGAAAGUAUGGAAGCAGCAAGAAAGUCGUCUACUUGUUCGAGAAAAAUGUAACAACGUUGCAAAGCAACCGCAGACGCACGCGGAGAGUAGCGAUUUUAAACGAGCAAAGUGUUUGAAGAUGUUCGAAGAAGGUGACACGAUAUCUCUCGACGAUUUAACAAAUUGGAACUUGCUCGAGAACGAAACGGAAAAACCGGGUAAUUGGAGUUGCGCGAAAACAUUGCUCGAAUGUAACGACACACUGAUAAACAUAGCACUCCGAAUUCAUACAAAUGACCACCACGAUCACUUCGAAGAGAAGGUGGAACGUUGUCGAAGGGUGGCAGCCAAAACUAUGGAGGAGGGUUUGCGAAACAUACUCUCUGAUUACUUGAACGAAUCAACAUUGAUUCGAUACUCUGCGAACGCGUUGAAAGAGUUGUUGCUGUACGGUCGAAAGAAAGAUGCGGCAGCGUUCCAAUUGUAUAAAACAGAGAAACUGGAACGCAUGGAUUCGCGUAUGCUCACGCGAAUUCUCUGGUGGUCGAACUACUUUGAGAAAAUGAGAGAAAGGGAGGAAGGGAACGGACAGUGUUGCAACAGUGUUCCGAACAGUAACAUGCUAAGCGAGGUAGCCGAUCUGCGGCUGCACAUCGUUCGAACCGCCAGGAAGGAAAGAAACUUUGAAUUGGCGAAACGAGAACUCGUGAAUUACUUACGUUCCGAACGGGACAUUUACGGUAUCGAGGAAAAUAAGAAGGGAUUCCUGGAUCACGUGGAUCUCGACUUCGACCGAGUAACUACCGAUGCCCUGAGAAACGUGACGCGCGUGAAAUGGUCCAAGAACAAUAUGCGCGCAUUCCGCGAGCACUCGAAGUUGCUCUACGACAUGGAAUGCGUCGACAAAGCUUUGAAAGUUUGUAGCGCUACCGCGUUGGGGAUAUCGCGAGAGAUCGUGGACGGAGAACGAUCGGCCGAUUUAAGAGAAAACGGGACCAGGCUUCUUCUCACCCUCGGCAAAUGGAUUCAACAGCAAGAAAUUAGAAUGACCGAGAACGUUCAAUUGGAACAGCUGCUCGAAUUCGAAGCUCUGCGCAACGACGGUUCGAUGACGAAACUGUUCGGUUCGACCACAGACUCGAUACCAAUAUCGGAUAUGAUAAUUGGCAGAUUGAUGCAACUCGCGGUGAACCAGUGUCCGGAUUUGCCGGUCGCAUGGUGCAGUUUCGCCAGUUGGUGCUACAAAUGGGGCAGAAAGAUGGCCGACAACUCGAAUACGGCCCGAUUGACCGAUACCGAUAGGUCGUCCAUAAAAGAUUUGCUGUCGUUCGAAACGGACGAGGCCGAUCUAUCAGCCAUCUUCUCGAUACUGAGCCAGAGUAAAACCGUUCCCGAGGACGAGGGCGACAUAACCGACACGACUAACGACAUCAACACCUCCGAUAUGAUAGAGAAUCAGCUACGGAAUGUAUCGAUACUGAGACUGGCCAGUCCGGAACUGCUCGGAAUGCUCGUCGACGUGUGGAAGCAAGCCCAGAAACGAAUCUACUCGUAUUACGAACUCUCCGCGAACGCCUACUUCAAGUAUUUGCAGCUCGCUGCGAACAAGGAGACCAACGAUUGCGACACGAUCACGGCGACGCUCAGAUUAUUGCGACUGGUCGUGAAACAUGCUCUCGAGUUGCAAAGCGUGCUCGAGUCUGGACUCUCGUCGACUCCUACGACUCCAUGGAAACAAAUAAUACCUCAGUUGUUCUCGAGGUUGAGUCACCCCGAGGCUUACGUGCGAACCCGGGUCUCGGAGCUGUUGUGCAGGGUCGCCGAGAAUUCGCCUCAUUUAAUCACGUUUCCCGCGGUCGUAGGCGCGGUUUCCGGCCAGAGGAAAAAUUGCGACAGAGUUUUUUACACGAAAACUGAGAACAAUUCGACAGAGAACGAUUUGAAUUUUAUCGAGGAGGAAAGAGGGCUGUUGGAGCACGACGAGGGCGAAGAGGAAGAGCAACGAGCGCACGAGCGACCCGUUCGGUUAGAGCAAGACCAAGAGGAGCCGAAGGAAAUUGGAAAGGAAAGGGUCAUCGUCGAAGAGGAGUCCGGAGACGCGUACACGGAUGCGGACGCGGACGCGGACGCGGACGAAGAUGCGGAUGCGGAUGCGGAUGCGGAUGCGGAUGCGGACGCGGACGCGUACGAAAACGAAAACGAGGAGAGCGAGGAGAUCGCGGAAAGCACGAAUUACCAGGAUCAAGACGAACACGACAAAUUCAUGGAUUGCUGUUUCUCGCAGUUGGUCGAUUGUCUCUCGAACAGAAUACAAGACUCCGUGGAACAGAUCAAAAUUCUGGUGAGAGAGUUACGUCGAAUCACGUUGCUAUGGGACGAGUUGUGGCUGGCGACCCUGUGCCAACAUCAUACCGAGAUUUCGAAACGAUUCGAACAGUUGGAGCUCGAGGUGCAAAAAGUGCAAGACAACGUCUGGUUGAAUGCCGAGGAGAAAGACAGGUUGAUCGCCGAGAAGCAUAGAAUCAUACUGAAGCCGGUGGUCUUCAUUCUGGAAAAUUUAUUCGCCAUGACCUCCGUCCCGGCCGAAACACCGCACGAGGAAAUCUUUCAGGAAAAAUUUGGUCCCUCGAUCGAAGAAGCUAUCGGCAAACUGACCGAUCCGAAGAAUCCCGCGAAACCUCAGAUCGCCAGUCUCUGUUUGAAACAAUUGGAAAGCAAAUUAGCCCAACGCGUGCAUCGGCGUGCCGCUUACUCUCUCGCGAUGAACGAUAUUAGUCCGGUCUUGGCAAAUCUAAGGAACACGCGCAUCGCUAUGCCAGGUGUCGCCGCGAACGACAAUAAAAUCGUUACGAUCGAGUCCGUCGACAACAACGUGCAGAUAUUGCCGACCAAGACCAAGCCCAAGAAGCUCGUUUUCAACGGUUCCGACGGGCACGUUUAUACUUAUCUGUUCAAAGGAUUGGAAGAUCUUCACUUGGACGAGAGAAUCAUGCAGUUUCUAAGCAUAUGCAACACGAUGAUGUCCAAGAAAGCCGAUUCGAAGCAGGUUUACAGAGCGCGCCACUAUUCCGUUAUACCAUUGGGCCCACGUUCCGGUCUGAUACAGUGGGUGGACGGCGUCACUCCGCUAUUCAUUCUCUACAAGAGGUGGCAACAGAGAGAAAACUCGAUGACCAACAAGACGGGCAGUACCGCAAUUUUACGACCGUCCGAGCUCUUUUAUAACAAGCUGACGCCGUUGCUGAAAGAGCGAGGACUUGGUUUGGACAAUCGAAAGGAAUGGCCGGUUCAAAUUCUGAAACAGGUCUUGGCCGAAUUGAUGGCCGAAACGCCAAAGGAUUUGUUGGCAAAAGAGAUUUGGUGCAAUAGUAUCGACGCCGGGAAUUGGUGGCAGGCAACCAAGAAUUACUCGUAUUCGGUCGCCGUGAUGUCGAUUAUCGGUUACAUAAUUGGCCUAGGCGAUAGACACUUGGACAACGUGCUCGUCGACUUGAAUACAGGCGAAGUGGUUCACAUCGAUUAUAACGUAUGCUUUGAAAAGGGCAAAACGUUACGAGUGCCCGAAAAGGUGCCUUUCAGAAUGACUCCAAAUAUUAAAACAGCGUUGGGCGUUACCGGUGUCGAGGGUAUAUUUCGCUUAGCUUGCGAGCAUACUCUCCGCGUGAUGCGCCGAGGUCGCGAAACUCUGCUUACUUUACUCGAGGCAUUCGUCUACGAUCCACUGGUUGACUGGCGAGCUGGCGCGGACAACAGUAUCGCGAGUUACGGGGCAUGUCAAGCCAGAGCGAGAUGUACCGGUUUAGGAAGAAAGCAGUUGGAGCAGGAGUUGACACGAGCAAUGUUCGCCGUGCGAACUGCAGAAAUGCGGGCCGAAUGGUUGGCAAACAGGGACGAACUCGUCAAAGUGUUUCCAUCUUUGUGCUACCGUUUGAGUUGUUGGAUCGACGCGGGCGAAAUCAGCAGCCAUUGUCAAGAAUUGCUUCAAGACAGACACCAGCAGCUUGCACUGGUUAAAGAAGCGCAGGCAAUGGGACGCAAUCAUCCGUUGUAUUCGGUCGUAAAGCGUUACAACUCUUUCAAGAGGGCACGCGAUGCUCACGAGAAGGCAAAAGCCGCGUUAAAGGAGAGAAUCGACGACUGCGAGAAGCAGAUCAAUAUGCACAAUCUGGCGCUUUCUGCUAUAAGGGGCGCUCAAUUGGGGCAAUGGUUGUCGGAAUUGGGAACGUCUACAACUUCGGAGGAGCACGUCGUGUUCGAUUUGGUGAAAGAAUUUCUACAGAAUGCUGGCCAAAGUCAAAUGAUCGUACAGUGCGAACAAUCGGAGAACGAAUUGACUCAAUUGGCCACGCAACAAUCGAUCUUGAUAAGGAGUUGCCUGGAUCUUCUGAGUCAGUACUCGGCAAUUUGUAACUUGUACCCGCUGAGCAGCAUGUCGCAACAUCGUACGGUUCUGUAUCACAGCUGGGCCAACAAGCUGUUAAAUUUGGGAAACGUCGAUGCUUGCCGCGAAGUAAUGGCGCAGUUUGAAAAUACCUUCGACCCGUUGAAGAGUACAAACGGUCAAGACAUGCAACAAAUACUAACGUUCUCCUAUCAAAUGCAAGGAAUAUUGAACGAGGCGAACGAGAAAUUGAAAAAAGCGUACGAAAGAAUGGUCUCGGAAGGGUUACCGGAAUCGGUUGGCCGGAUCGAGAAAGCGUACACGGAAUCGAGGGUGCAGAUACACGGGUUCCUAAGGCGGGAGAAGGGGGCGGAACGAGCGCUCGAAUGCGUCAACAUUACCGCUCUGUGCGCCCUGAACAAAAGAUACCUGAUGAUGGAGGGCGCCGCGAAAUGCGCCGGCGAUUGUCUGGUCGAUCUCACGUCCAGGGAAGGGGAUUGGUUUUUGGACGAGAUGCGUUUGAUGUCGUCGUUGAUCUCCGAAUUGGUUACCUUGAUACCGGAAUCUCACAAAGCGAACAACGAUCCCAGGAUAUCGCUGGUGUUGAAAUGCCUAAGAGGAUCUGAUUACAUUUACAAAGGGCUGCAAGAGCUCAAUUACAAUUUUCACACCAUCAUUCUUCCGGAAGCGAUGAAAACUAUCAUAAUCGAGGAACCAACCGUGACCAGGAUGAUCGGCGAGCUAACAGAGAUCAUCGUGUCACCGGGGAUACCGCUCAGCGAGAUUUUGGGACAGCUCGAGAUGCACCUGCGAUUCACGGUUAUGGAGAUGGACAGUCCUCACGCGAUGGUGCAAAGCGUCGUAAACAACAUGAGGCUGCGUUUCGAAGCGCUGCUGUCGCGAACGACCGAGAUCCAGGAACCGAAUCAAGACGAGACACUGACGCCCGGUCAGAUGCUGCUGAUGGGUUUCAACGGAUUGUUCGAGAAACUGCAGAUGGAGGGAAACGCGUUGAUCGGUACCCUGAGCACGCUCGACAUUCCCGCCGCUUGGAGGAAAAUCGAUCAAAUUCGGGAAGCGAAGGAAAUGUCCGCGCCGAUAUUCAAUAAAGCCGCCUGCCAGGUUCUCGAAGAUAUAUUUCUAGUGAAACGAUUGCACACCAUUCAAGAGUUCUUCAUGAUGUGCAGGGACAUCGCGACCGCGUUCAAGGGCGGCCUGGCGAACCUUUACGACGACGAACGGCUGAACAAACCGAUACGAAUCUUUACGGCGGACUACGUGUCGAGACAAUUGCUCGGCGUCACUUCUCAGACGUUGGCGAUCGCGCUCUGCCUACUGUUGCAAAGAAUGGGGCUGAGCGUCACCACCGAGGUCGAGCAGAGGGACAUCGGAGCUGAGAGCAAAGUCUCCUUGGAGGAACUUUGCAGAAAGGUCGUCGACCUCUGUCUGAAGAGAGGUUCCUUCUCGAGUUCCGUUCUCGCGCAGGCCAGCGCACUCAGCAGCACCCUCGAGAGCGCUUGGCGUCGAAAGCAGACAGCCCGGUUGACUCAGCAAUGCGUCGAGGUGGCCAGGGCCAGUAUGCAACGUCUACAACUGCAGUUGACCGCGCACCAUUGGCUGCACGAGGACAGCUUGCUCCUCAGACCGAAUCUGAAUCUUUUGAAUCCUCUGAAUCGUUCAGCGUUCAUGCUGGAAUUACGCAAGACCGCUGCCGGUCUCGCCGGUUUGCAGUCUCGCGUGUGCGAAGCGCGGGACCAACAACAAAAUCUCGUAUCGAGCGCGGUGCAACGUUUGAAAUGGGCAGCUGGAGCGAAUCCGGCUCUCGGCGAGGUAAUGUCGGCGUUCGACAACGCUGUGCUCUCCUCCUGCGAGAAGCUCACCCGACAACACAAUCUCGCGACCAACGUUGCCAAUGCUUGUAAUUCUAUAUUGCAUUACGAGGCUUUGAGGACUCGAACUUCCGAAAGCGUAACCCACGAUGCCAAUUUCGUCAAGCUUGUAAAACACUGGGAAGAAAGUUGCAUCCUAACCAUGAGUUUGACCAUUACCGUUACCCCGAUCGAAGAGAGUCUGGUCGAAUUGCUACCGAUGGAGAACAACGUCGACAUCAACUGGCUGAAACAAGCCGAAAGAUUUAUUUCCGAGGCGAUUCUCGACGCUCAGAAAAAGUUACAAGAAAAGCAAGAUUGCAAGCGCCUCGCCUACGAACGCUUGCAGGAACAAAUCGCGAAUCUGCAAAACGUUUUGACCGAACACCAUAGGUUGAUGUCCGACGUUCGAAUUCUAUUGCGGACGAUGGCCAAGCAAGAGAACAUCGCCGGGCUCCAAGAAUUUCUCUGCUCGUAUCGGUCUUUCACCGAGAGCGUAUCCGUGAACGUGAAAGAGCUCGAGUCCGAUUACCUGGAAGGCAACAGAGCCCGAACGAUCAAACAAGAAUUGGAAAGUAUGGCAACUACGGUGCCGAGUUUGUACAACGAGCUGCUGGAAUUUGCAAACGAGAAGAAACCGGAUACCACCGAAUUGCUCGACAACAAGCACAAGGAUAUCGCCAAGGGAAAACUGGAGAAGGAGAGAGUUGUUCGAGAAAGGCCGAGGAAGAGCAAAGGUUCGCUUUCGAUCAGGCUGAACAGGAAGAAGAAAUUCAUUACUCGAGAAAGAGUGUGCCACAGCCCAAAAAAAGGGAUUAUUCAGUUGACAAGAGAUCCGACCACGGGGAAAGCUGUCCAAGAACGGAAUGCGUACGCGCUCAACGUCUGGCGUCGUAUUCGAAUGAAGCUGGAAGGUCGCGAUCCACAUCCGUCCCGCAAAUACACCACAGCCGAGCAAGUAGAGUACGUGAUACGCGAAGCUCAGAGCACCGAUAAUUUAGCCCUUUUGUACGAGGGUUGGACACCAUGGGUCUGAACGAAGUACGGUUGACGCGUUCGCCGCGUCGAUGGUUCGAUGUUACACACGGUACCAGAGCUUGUACCGUUCUACGCUCUACGCUCUACGCUCUAUGCUCUACGCUCUAUGCUCGGUGGAGCUUGCUCUCUGUCCGAUCAGGUGUGAAGUACCUUCAUCGUCAUCUGGAAGAGAAAGUUCACUACGUCCGCGAGGAUGCCGUUCGAGUUCGACAACUCGCGUCCACCUACAAAAGGAAUAUUCCGCGCGAUGCAUGAUCCGCAAUUCGCGGCCCGCGUUCC